UUUAUCAAAUUAAAGUGUAAAUAAUUAAAGACAACAAGUUUGAGUAGUUUUAUUGUUAUUUUUAAUCAUUUAGUUGAUGAUUUUUUUUCUAAAAUUCUUGUUUUUGAUUGAGCAAAUGACGUUUACAUUGAAAGCAGUGUAUCAAUAUUUGAGUCGAUGAUAUAUAAGAGAGCUGUAUUCAAAAAAUCUGUGUGCAAUUAUCGUAAUGGAUAAAGGAAGGAUGGAAAAAGUUUCCUGUAAGAAUAAGUUUACUAUUCCGUUGGUUGAAUCAAGUCAACUGGUAGUAGGCGAGUUCUAUCUCUGUUUCGAGGAUAAAGUGGGAAGCUGGAGGAGAGAGAGAGAGAGAAUAUUAGCGAGGGUGGGAAAAGGCUCUCUCUCUCUCUCUCUCUCACUCUCUCUUGGAUAGCCACCCUCUCUGCGCAACGGAUCAUCAACGCAACGUCCUCGUUGUCGUCGUGUCGACGUGAAUUAUCCUCCGCGAGAACAUGUUGAGAAGGUAUAUGGACCAGUGGAGGCGAGGCUCCUCGUUGAAGCCGCUUGUUGACGAGAGAGUUUAAAAAAAAGAGAGAGAAAUAGAUAGAAAAAAGAGAAAGAGAGAGAGAGAGAACAAUAGAGAGAAAAAAAAAGGAAAAGAGGAGAGAAAAGAAGAAGAAGAAUAAAAGCUGCACCGGGUCCGAGGGCGCUCUUUACUAAACCCAGGGCGAGCAGGCGCGAAACGUAACCUCACCAACCGUUGUCGUUAUCGUCGUCGACGUCGUCGUGGUCGUCGGUUGUGAUACUCGAACGAGAACGAAAAGUCGCGAGGACAAGCCGGAAUCCAGAGCCUCGAGAUGCCGAUCGAGGCCGAGAGUAACCUGGGCGCGUACCAAUCGGCAGUUCACACCCAUUACUGAGAGAAUCAUUCUCUCCUCUUAUUCUUCUUCUUCUUCUUUAUUUUUUUUAUCAUUCAUCCUUUGACGAUCCUCCUGCCGAGGGAUAAUUUUUAUUCCCUCAUAGAAGCUUUAAUAAUGGAAAAAACAUAUUUAUGGUGUAUUCAAUUUUUUCAUCAUCAUCAUCAUCAAAAAAAUACCAAGUGCCAAGAUUUGAUAUUAUUUUUUUGAAAGUGAAAAUUAUUUUUUCAAUUUGACCUAAUUUUCAAUAUUAUGUUAUCAAAUAGGAAACAAACAAAAAAAUAAGCAAUGGUGAAAUUUUUUUUCCAAAUUAUCAAAUUGAGAGAAUAAUUUGACAACAUGAUGUUUAUAAAUGUGCAGCCGGUGCUUAAUCUCAAUUUGAUCAAUAAAAUGAAUAAGAGAAGACUUUUUGAAUGAGGAUUUGAAUUUUUGUUAGAGGGGAAAAAAGAAAGAAGAAACAUUAAUUCUCGAGUGUUGUUGAAAUGUAAAGGGGCCCAUGGCCAGGGCCCCAAAGUGGCCAAAAAGAAAAAUAAUAAUAAUAAAGUAAUUUUAUACAGAGGACAAAAUUUAUUGGAACUUUUUUCAAAUUUGACUUUUUAGUAAUUGGAAUAUUCGAGGGAGAUAAAAUAUAAAGAUAGAGAAGAAGAGAAAAAAAAAGAAGAAGAAAAAUGUUUAACAGUGAAAAGAUAGAAGGAUGGUCAUUGUUUUAAUCGUCCGGUGAAAACAAAAACUGUCCUCGAGGCGAUAGAUUUGGAAAAUUAUAUAAAAGAAGAAAAGUUCGUGAUUGCCGGGUUGUUAUCGGUUUUUAAAGGGAAUGUUGAAAGAAGAAUUUUUUUUUUUAUUUUUUUGUCUAUUACAUUUCAAAUAAACUAUUGCAAAUGAAGGAGUUUUUAAAUCAUCAUCGAGAAUUAUAAUAAAAAUCCUCAGCAAAAAUGGUCGAUUUAGGAGGAUAUAUCAUCAUUUUGAUGAACCAUAAUGGAAAAAUUAAACUUUAUGGAUCUCCUGCAGAUAAUGCAGACAGUUUAGAGGUGGGUGACGAGAUCCUUGAGGUCAAUGGACGAACCCUGGAAAACGCGACUCAUUCCGAGGUUAUUCAAUAUAUUCAUCAGUGCAUCAAAUCAAGAACAAUAUGCCUUCGAGUAAGAAGAAAAAAAAGUGGCAACAAGAUGGAAGAAUUGGACGGGCCAAACGCUGGAAGGAUAAGGGACGCUUGGGUGAUAGCAGUCGAAAGAGGAGCGAGAGAACGGUUGCAGAAGUUGAGUGCUUUGAGAAGAAUACAACCUCGGGAUAUUACAAUACUCUACCAACAGAUAAGCGAAGGUGCUGCUUCAACGAGCGAAGGUGCUACCGAAAAGGAUGUUUCCAGCAGUCAAAUUACUGUUACACUAUCCGACAAAGAGCCUGGAACGAUUGCCCAUCCGACAAAACUAAGCAACGGAACUAUUCCCAAAGGCAUUGCAAAAAGUCAGGAUUCCGAGGAUCUCAAAGAACACGCGAAGGAUCAAAAGGACGCUUCGGAAAAACAACAGAGCUGUCUUGACGAACCAAAUCUUCUGCAACCGGUGCAGAGUUCGCGAGUUGGAGAACGAAGAGCAAGUAGCCCGUUUCAAAAUGGACGAACCGAGGUCCUGAUUGGAGAACCCGAGGGUGGCCCGAGGUCACCUAGAGGAUCCACAUCUUCGGCUAUCAAUGACAGUAACUUCCUGACCACACCAGAAGAGAAGGAUUAUCCCGAACCAAUUUGCAGGUCCCGAAGGCGUAGCACUGGAAGUGGCGUGGCAGAGAUUCACCUGCAGCAAAAUCAACAACAACAAUCACAGUUUCAGGAGAAUAACAACAGUAGCUCGCAGGAUACGAAGGAGUCGCGUGAGGGUUUGGGGCCCGAUGAGAUGUGGGGCUCAGGUGCCCUGGGCCACCAUCGGGAACUGCCCGUCGAUGUCCCUGACACACUCCUUCAACAGGCAUAUCCCAAUAAGGUAAUAAUCGGUUCAUCAUCCCCAUGUAGGAACGAGCCACGACAAUCCCGUAGCGCUAGCAAUAAUAUUCAUUCCCAAAAUCAUCGUAAUGAUACCCAUAAAAAAUCCUCAACACUCACUCCCAAAAAGAAGCGCGAUUCAAAAAAUUGUUCACCCCUCGAGCCACCACCAAUAAUAACCAUCGAGCUGCUGAAAAUACAAAAUCCAAUCAACAAGAAUCUCAUAAAUUCACCAGAUCAAAUAAACGAGGACGAUAAAACAAUCAUCCAAGCCAAUUCAACGAAUUCUGGAUCGCCAGACUUGAAAGAUCCACUCAAGAGUUCCGACGACGAGGAAGAAGAAGAAGAAGAAGAGGAGGAAGACGACGAUCAUUCCAAUCAAAAGGAAUCAAACGUCGACACCGAGGAAGAUUAUCCCUUUGCCAAGGAGGACUAUCCAACGAUGCUUAAAAGUUGCAGCGAUGAUUCAGCAAGUCCCAGAAGCUCAUCAGGAAGAUCCGAUAGUACAGCACCAUUAGAUUCAAGUCUCGUUCUUCGACACGAUUCACCAUGUGAAAAUGAUUCACUUCCCUAUGAUGUACGUCGAAUUGAUCUUGGCUCACCUUGUCGAUCAUUAGUGUCAGAUAUUAAAGUCACUCCAAUAUUUAACACAACAUCAUUUGAAAAUCCCGCCUAUGGCCUCACCGAUUUACAAGGUUUUCUCAUGAGAUCCGAUGAGGUCACCGAUCUCACUCGUUUAAUCGACGAACAAGUUUUAAUACCCAAAAAGUGGAAAGAAGAGAAAACGUCAUCAGACAAUGUAAAAAUAAUGAAUACAUCAAUUGAAAAUUCCGAUGAAUUAAUGCGAAUUGCAUCGACAGAUGAUUUAAUCACCGAUGUUAAUCUCUCAUCAACAAAAUCAAAAUCAAAAAAACGAAGACCACAAACAUCAAGUGGUUAUUCAACAUUAAGAAGUGAAGUGUCGACAGACUAUGAUCAAGUCGAUCAUUCAUUCCUCGUCGUCGGUAACAAAAAUUAUCGCGAAGUCGCUGUUGAUUGUCCAGAUGAUUUUAUACCAGUGACAAAAUCACAUCCAGUUUAUCCACCACCAAAUAAGACACCCACAAACAGCAAGCACAACACCCUUGAACAAAAACGUCAUUCCGCUCACUUCAGUCCAAGAGAUUUAGAGAUUGCUCAUAAAAUUGAACUCGAGGAGGCAGCAAACAAGAAUCGCUAUAGCCUCCCACCACAAUCCUCUGAUAAUUCUCGGGAGACCAUAGUCGUGCAACAAAAGCAUGACAAGAAGGCUGGUCUCAAUGGAGUCAAACCUGCUAUUCCGCCCAGAGAUCAGAAAAGAGCACCCGCUAGACCACCCAAGGAUAAUCUUCGUCUUUCCACUCAAAACAACAAUGUGGAGCCAAGCGAUAACACCACUACCGAACCCACUCAACAACAGCUUCAUUCCAUUAGAAAAUAUAAGGAGCAAUUGCGAAAGCGAAAAGAUGAAGAGGAGAGACAGGAAUACAUCAAUCGUUCACUUCGUGAAUCCAAGAAACUUCAGGCCUUGGAAAGUCACGCGACGAGUCUCUCUGGGCAAGAAAAUCUUGCCUAUGCUCAAGAUGAGGUGACUACCGUCGGACGAACUCCCAUCACUCCAAGUCAUGUCACUCAAGAAGUCGAGGAACCCCCGAGACCACUCACUUACGGAGAGGUGGUUGCAUCUCUUGAAAGGCUGCAACUUCAAUUGCGAAGUAUAUCCGGGGCUUUGGGAAUUUCGGGACCAGGUGUCGAGGCUGAAUUGGAAGCAGUUCGAACGCUUUUGGUUCAAAGGCGAUUUGCAACUGCUUUGUCGACUCAUCACGCCUUGAAAAGUCGAUUGAGAUCUGGCAAAGUUCUCAAACAUUAUUCCGAGGAUGCAUCAACACUAGCUCGAGAUUGUGUCGAGGUCCUGGAGCAAUGGCAAUCAUCAAUGGCUGCAAAAGCCGCAACAGCGGGGGAAACGAUAGCCGCCGCUGAGGAACUAACAGCCUUACUAACUAGUUAUGAAAUGGAAGGUCUUCUGUUGGCUCACGACUCGAUUAUCUCCUGUGUGGAUGGCUUUCAGGCAAAACAUAGUUCCUCCUCACCAAGCAGUCCACCUAGUCCGUCGUUAAGUCUCAGAGAUUCUCGUGUAGCUGACAAUAUCAAGAUCAUUAGAAUAGAAAAAACCAACGAACCUCUUGGGGCUACAGUCAGAAACGAAGGAGAAGCUGUCAUUAUUGGUCGUGUGGUGCGAGGAGGAGCCGCCGAUAAAUCAGGAUUAUUACAUGAAGGCGAUGAGGUGCUAGAAGUGAAUGGCGUCGAAAUGCGAGGAAAGAGUGUGAAUGAAGUCUGUGACAUUUUAGCAGGAAUGCAAGGAAGUUUGACUUUCCUAAUAUUUCCUACACCCACAACAAAUUCUAAUUCAAAUAACAAUAAACGAGAAGAUAAUCAACAGAUACAACAUGUGCGGGCACAUUUCGACUAUGAUCCCGAGGAAGAUCCUUACAUUCCUUGUCGAGAAUUAGGAGUGAGUUUUCAAAAAGGAGAUGUGCUUCACGUUAUUUCACAAGAGGAUCCUAAUUGGUGGCAAGCUUAUCGAGAAGGAGAAGAAGAUCAAACAUUGGCUGGUUUGAUUCCAAGCAAAGCCUUUCAGCAUCAGCGUGAAUCUAUGAAACAAACGAUUGCUGGCGAUAAGUCAACGGUACGUGGUUCGAAAAAAUCCAGUACGUUACUUUGUGCGAGAAAAAAUCCAAAGAAGAAAAAACGAAAUAAAUUUGGUUCGAAUUUCAACGACGAUGGAUAUCCUCUUUAUGCAACGACAAGUAUUGACGAUUACGACAGCGAAGAGGUGCUUACAUAUGAAGAAGUGGCCUUAUACUAUCCAAGAGCGAAUCAUAAAAGGCCGAUUGUGCUCAUAGGUCCUCCAAAUAUUGGUCGACACGAACUUCGACAGAGAUUAAUGCAAGACAGUGAGCGAUUCGCGGCAGCAAUACCACACACAAGCCGACCAAGAAAAGAUUCAGAGAUCGAUGGACAAGAUUAUCAUUUUAUAUCACGUUCACAAUUUGAAUCGGAUAUACUUUGUCGAAAAUUUGUUGAACAUGGAGAAUAUGAGAAAGCCUAUUAUGGAACAUCAGUUGAGGCAAUACGUUCUGUUGUUAAUUCAGGGAAAAUUUGUGUUCUAAAUCUUCAUCCACAAAGUUUAAAAAUAUUGCGAACCUCCGAUCUAAAGCCAUAUGUUGUUUUUGUUGCGCCUCCAAGUUUAGAGAAAUUACGACAAAAACGAAUAAAAAAUAAUGAAAAUUUCAAGGAAGAUGAAUUAAAGGAUAUCAUUGAAAAAGCAAGAGAAAUGGAGGAUAAAUAUGGUCAUCUCUUUGAUAUGAUUAUUAUUAAUAAUGACACAGAUCGAGCGUACAAUCAACUAUUGACGGAAAUUAAUUCACUUGAAAGAGAACCACAAUGGGUUCCAGCAUCAUGGCUCCAGUAGUGUUAAGAUUUUAAAUUUAAUGAAAAAAAAAAAGAAAAACAUGAGCCAGUCUCUACUUACCAAAUUUCGGACUGAAAUCGCCCAAAAGAAAUAAAAAAAAAUAAAAAAAAAAAAUGAUUUCUGUGUUUAUAAAAUACAAUGAAAUCAAAUAGUAAAUAGUGUUUAGAAUUUUGCAGUCAUAUUACUAAGACGCACUAUAGACAAAUAAUGACAUCAAGUGGCAUGUAAUAAACGUCUUAGAUUGUACGAAAAAAAGCAAAAUAUAUAUAUAUAUAUAUAUAGAAAAAAAAGUGAGCCACCGCCGUUUGCUUCUCAACGUCAUCGAAGCAUUUUUUGUGUAUCUUUUUUCUCAGUCGGCGAGAGCGAUUUCUAAUUUAUAAAAAAAAAUAAUAUCUAAUUUAUAUACUCUUGUUCAAAAAAAAAAAAAAAAAAAAAAAACAUGCUUUUGGCACUCGAGUCAAAUUUUUGUAAUAUUUGUUAAACGAACUUUCACCGAGUUAUUUCGCACGACCUUUUUCGAUUCAUCAAAGACAUGAGUGAUACUCAUUUUUCUCUAUCUAUUAACUCUUUUCUCAGAAUCCUGCGUGAAAACAGUCGGUCGGUCUUCUAACUCAAUCACAUUAAAUAAGCCAAAUGUCUGUUGUAAACCUAGAUUCCGCAAAAAAAAAAUAAAAAAAAAAAAAAAAAAAAAAAAUUCCCUAAAAUUGCAAGGAAAAUUAUUAACGAUUUACUGUUCGCCAUAGGCUAAUCUCGUGACUGUUUAGAGAAAAAAAAAAUCGUGUUUCUAUAACGUAUAGAAUCGUUAAUGCAAUAGACUUAGCUCGAGUAUACUCAAAAAAAUAAAAAUAAAUAAAUAAGAACAAAAAAAAGAAUGUCAAGUUUGUGGAAAAUUUUUUUUUUUAAAGACUAGAACGUCUCUUUUCUCAGCGGUGAUUAAGAAUGAUAAUGAUACAUCGAUUGUCGCAUCCUUCGCCCACAGUGGGGGGAAAAAAAAUGACCAUUUUUGGACAAAAAUCUCCUGACAAGUCAAAUCACAAACAAUUUUGAUAAAAAAUUUUUUUUUUUAAUUUAACAAAAUCGAUUGUUAUUUGAGUUGUCAGCAGAUUUUUGUCCAAAGUGGGUAAUUUUUUUUCCACUAUGACCCUCCUCCUUUUUUUAUAUAUAUAAUUCACAUCGUUUGUCGAAUCAAAAAAGAAAAAAAAAUCCUGAGAUAAAAUAGGAUUUUAAUUUUUUACUUUGAUCAAUGUUAAAAAUAAUGCACCAAAUGCAAGAAAUAAAUUUUUUUUAAGACUUUUUAAAAAGAGUAUCGAAGUCUCUUCUGUUAUGCCAGUGUGUAUAUGUGUGUGUGUGUGCGUGAAUUUUCUAAGUUACAGUGACUAAAAACAAUGUUAGGAUCCUCGUUAGAUUGUUUAAGAAAAAAAAAAAAAAAAAAAAAUAUGCCUUUUUGACUUUCUAGAUCCGUAUAUAUAUUAUAUAUAUAUUGAGAUCCAGCAUUGUGCCAAGAGUUUUAAACGAACAUUAACAAAAUCAGAAAAUGUGCCAAAUUUUCAUAGUUAACAAACACAAUUCAAGAUUUGCAAAUAUGUAUCUUGCGCUCAAAGGCACUUUAAUAACUCAGCGUGUGUUACUGAUUGUAAAUAUCUGUGCAAUUGUAUAGAGUUGAAGGAGAGAAGAAAAAAAAAAAUAAUGGAAAUUGUUAUCGUUAGAUUUAUUUUUUUUUUUUCUUUAAUUAUAAUUGUGAUCUAUUGUCACCAUUUUUAUUUUUAUUAUUAUAUAUUAUUUUAUUAUUUGCUAUUACAUUUAAAGAGUGUACAUUAACUAUUAUUAUUAUUAUUAUCAUUAUUAUUAUUGAUAUUGAAACGAGAAGCUACAUAGAGAUGUAUAUAUUAUAUAUAUAUAUAUAAAAAAGUAUAAAUAUAUACACAUAUAUAUACGCACAUGUAAAAGUGUUCUAGUGGAGUAAAAAAGGAAUCUCGGUUUUUUUUUUAAAUUUGACGUUUUUUUUUUAAGUGCCAUCUCAGAAUUAAGCACGGAAAAUAUUUUUUCUUUUCUCUAAUUCGAGAUAUAUAUAAAUAUAAACACCGUCCAUGUAGUUGAAAUGAAAAAUCGUUUUUAAAUGCGUGAAAUUUUGUUUCAUAAAAAAAAAAAAAAAUUAUAUUAAUUUAUUAGGAAGAAAAAAAAAUAACUUCACUAGGAUACUGACAUUUUCACGUAUAAAUAUGAUUAAUAAAAAAAUAAAUAAAUUGCGAAUCGAGUAAUAUAAGUGGAAACAAAUUGAAGGUGGACAUUUUUUGAAAGACUUGUGCAAAAAAAAAAUAUAUAUAUAUAGAUUCUAAUAUUGAUACGUUGUGUUUUUUGAAUAAUAGUGUUCGUGGAUGCGGGUAUCGAUGAGUGAAAAUUGUGACCCUAACACUUUUUUGAUGGUAAUGUUCCUCUGAGCAAUUUAGCUGUAUUUAUCCGAAAAAAAAAAUGGCAAACUGCUUCGCAGAGGCGAAUAGCGAUUCUUGAUAUUGAACUAAGAUGAUAGUGAUGUAUAUUAAUUAUAUGGUAUAUAUAAUUUAUAAAUCUUUGUUUUUUACCAUCACAAAAUUCGAAAUGUUCACAUUGCUUUUUAUUUAAAUAUUGUAUAUUUAUAUUAUAUAAAAUUAAAUAUUAUAUUUUUGUAAAAGGCAAUGGUGAACGUUUCUGUGUGAUGGUAAAAAAAAAAAAAGAUUUCUGACAACAAUAGAGAGGAAAAAAAUUGUUUUUAUAUCAUUUUAAAACAUAGUUCAAUAUCAAGUGAUAAAUAUGACUGUACAACCGCGCCGACAUUUCACGUUCCACCUCACGUUCUGUUACGAAUUCCGUUGAAUAAAGGUUAUUAUAACAUU